UAUAACCAUUUAAAUUAAAAAAAUUUCUUUAUUUAUUUUUGUUUUGAAAAUUAUUAUUAGGUAAAUAAUAAUAAUAUUAAUAAUUUCAGUGCUCUUUCUUCUUUAUCACUAAAUUAGUAUUUGUACAUAGAAGCUGAGAUUGAGGAUUUGAUCUUAGUUUUGGCCAGUAAAGAUUGAUUAAUCUAAUUAGUUUCUCAAAAAUAAAACAAAAAAAUAAUAGAAAAAUCAUUUUUUUUUAAAAAAAAAAAAAAAAUCCAGAGUCUGGUUCUUUAAGUUGUGUACUUUCUCUCUCCAGCUAAAAUAUUCCGGGAAAAUCCGUAAUGGAACUUUAGAAUUUUCUUCCCAGCCAAUCAGUUUCUUAGAAAGGGAGUUUCGAUUCUCGAAUGGAGGAGGGACUAACAGUCCUCAUUCCUUCCGACCCCUAAAAAGUGUAUUAAAUCUUUUCAAAUACCCAACCCAUUUUCUACUAAUGGAUUCUCGCCGGGCUCCGCGUACUGUGAUCGAUCCAAAGAUUCGCCAAGUAGGGUUUUUCGCCCCACCCGACAGAACCAAUUCCAGUCAGUCCGAACCCAUUUUAUCUUCCCCUUCUUCUCCUCCAGUAGCCGAAAUCUCCCCCUCCGGUAACUCACUUUCUCCGGUCAUGAUCCCUCCGCCGCGUCACACUAGUGACAACCGUACGGUUCCGUUAGUCGCAAAUCCCACUUCCCCUCUCCGCCGAGAAUCCAUCGCCGCUGGCAGCAGCUAUAACCCGUCGGAUUUCUUCCCCUCUACUAUGUCUCCGACGGCGUCCUCUUCUUUCGCCGGUAGGGUUGGAUUGAGCUACGGCGAGUUCUCCGACGACGUCAUUUCGUCGCCUGGCCGAGCUGUCAGGGGUAGCUCAGUUAGGGCGUCUGCUGCUUCUUCUUUACCAAGUGGAGGAUUCGAUCUGGCGGCACUUAGGUCGAGUAGCGUCCCGGCGAGUGAGUUGACAACAGUGUCCACCGUCGACAAGUUACCACCUGAAAAAGUUGGAGGAGCAUCAGGUGGUUUGCAAAAUGACAGACCUCUGAAUUCAAAGCCAGCAAAAGAGAAAAGCACAAAAGCUGAAAGGCGUGCCAUUCAAGAGGCCCAACGAGCUGCAAAAGCUGCUGCUAAAGCUGAUGGGGGUAAGACACCUGCUGCUGCUUCGGCGGUGAAUGUGAAACCAGCUAAAGCCACAAAGGCCCCUUCACAAAAGAAUGACAAUGUUUCAGUUGCAGCCACUGAGAAGAAGGUUGGUGAUCGUCAGCUAGAAAAGGAUAGGAAGAAAGAUGUGCCUCAACCACGCAUGCAGUAUGAUGACAAGAGCCGGGUCGAAAAGGCAAAAAGACGUGCAAUGGUAAACCAAACUGAGGCUACUAACAGAGUUGAGUUGUUCAGGCAUUUGCCUCAAUAUGAACAUGGAACUCAGCUUCCUGAUCUUGAAUCAAAGUUCUUCCAACUUGACCCCGUGCAUCCUGCUGUAUACAAGGUUGGGUUGCAAUAUCUAUCAGGAGAUAUUUCUGGUGGCAAUGCUCGAUGUAUUGCAAUGCUGGAAGCAUUUCAAGAGGCAAUCAAAGACUAUUCCACACCUCCUGAAAAGAAUCUUAAUCGGGAUUUGACCGCAAAAAUAAGUAGUUAUGUAUCAUUUCUUAUUGAGUGCAGGCCCUUGUCCAUCAGCAUGGGAAAUGCAAUUAGGUUUCUUAAAAGCCUUAUCGCCAAAUUACCUCUUACCCUCUCUGAGUCAGAAGCAAAAACAUUACUUCAGUCAGAUAUUGAUCGUUUCAUAAGUGAGAAAAUCAUUCUGGCUGAUAAGGUGAUCGUCAAACAUGCUGUUACCAAAAUCAGAGAUGGUGACAUUCUUCUCACAUAUGGCUCCUCGUCUGCAGUUGAAAUGAUACUACAACAUGCUCAUGAGCUUGGGAGACAGUUCAGAGUUGUAGUAGUGGACUCUCGUCCAAAACUAGAAGGCCAACUCUUACUUCGUAGGUUGGUGGAAAAGGGUCUUAACUGCACUUACACUAAUAUAAAUGCUGUAUCAUAUAUCAUGCAUGAAGUUACUCGUGUUUUCCUGGGUGCAUCAUCAGUAUUAUGUAAUGGAACAGUAUACUCCAGAGUCGGGACUGCAUGCGUUGCUAUGGUUGCUCAUGCAUUUCGUGUACCUGUUUUAGUGUGUUGCGAGGCGUAUAAAUUUCACGAAAGGGUUCAGCUUGAUUCUAUAUGCUCUAAUGAGCUCGGUGAUCCAGAUGCCAUCUCCAAGGUUCCUGGUAGAGAGGAAACCAUUGGUCUGGACGACUGUGCAAAGAGUGAAAAAUUACAACAUCUGAAUCUGAUAUAUGAUGCCACACCUUCAGAUUACAUAUCAAUGAUCAUUACAGACUAUGGCAUGGUAAGGAUUGUUGAAAAUUUGAGUAUUUUCUAUUCAUCUGUUAGACUCUGGACGAGGAAAUGUUGUCAAGACUCUGGUGUUCACUCUGGAAUAGACACAGUUUCAUACUGGCAUAUCUUUUGUUCACCCACACUGACAAUGUUUAAUGUUUGCAUAGACCUAUUUGGCAACUAGAUUUAGCACUUAUGUCUUAUCGACACAAAUGAUAAUUUCUCUUUUCACUUUGUUCUGUCAGGUGCCACCAACUAGCGUGCCUGUCAUUGUUCGCGAGUAUCGAAGAGAACACUUGUGGAUUUAAGUCCUUGUGACAUGAAUCAAGGAGAGGCCCUCCAAAUUUUGUGUGCAAUGCUGAAAUGAAUGUCAGCAUCCUAAUAAGACUACAGAAGUUUUUGUUGCUUCAUUUCUUUUCUAGUUCUCAUCAUUUUGGAAUAAUGGUACUUGCCCCGGCAAGUUUUUGAUGUUUUGUAUUUGUAAUUUUAGUCCUGACUCAGUGAAGAGUGCAAUAUUUUUGCCUCUCCGGGCAGAUUCAGCCAUGCAUUUUUGCCGUUACUUUUUUCUUUUCAUUUUUUUGCUUCUUUCAUAUUUUGUUCGCUGAUUUGAGGUUGUUGGCUGGUGUUGUACUUGAAUUUUGAUGUAGAAUUACUUAUUAUUAUUUUAAAAAGAAAAAAUUGCAUGCUUUAGUCAUGAAUUAUGAAUUCAGUUCAA